AUGGCAUCCGUUGCCUUGGACACAGUUACCGCUCGCCCAGAUGUCGCCUUUGCAGCUAAUGGCUCUUCUUCCUGGCUUGGGCUGGUUGGGAAAUUGAUUCUGUUUUUGCUUCAUAUUAUCUCCACUAUACUCUACUGGAGCUUGAAACUUACCACCAUCUCUGCACCGACCUUGCUGUUCAACCUCUUCUCGACGAGCUUGACAGUCACGAUGAAUGCCACAACGCUGAUGUUGAUCAUGGCCCUGAUGUUUUCUGGUGUUACUUGGGUUGUGCGAUAUCGUUAUCUGAACAUGUACUCUCGCCUACCCCCAGAACCCCAGCGGAAAGAGCCCGAGUUGGACUUGCCCCCAGACUCCCAUGAGGAAGGCAGCAAGGCGGGCUUGACGAACUACUUGGACGAGUUUCUCAGCGCCAUCAAAAUCUUCGGGUACUUGGAGCGACCAGUAUUCCACGAGUUGACCCGAAGCAUGCAGACCAGGAAACUCAUUGCCGGCGAGACUCUGAACCUCGAGGACGAAAAGGGUUUCUGCCUCGUUGUAGAUGGGCUCGUCGAGAUUUUCGUCAAAUCGUCCCAGGCAGCACGCCAAACCAUGUCCAUGGAGUCUUCGUCCACGGAGGACGACGAAAGCUCCAGUUCAGGUCAGCAGCGGUACCAAUUGCUGACAGAGGUGCGGAAUGGGGCGCCGAUGUCGUCUCUCUUCUCCAUCAUGUCCCUGUUUACUGAGGAUGUCAAACUGUGUCUGCCUGCCGACAGCGGGGCAAGUCCAGGUCCGGCGAAUGGAGCGUUGAAUCAUGAUCAGUACCCGACGAGUGCUGGUUCACCACCAAGCCGUCACAUUUCAGGCUCUUUCGCAAAGGUGCCGCGAUUCGAGGAGCCAAAUGGGAAACCCACAACGCUAGUGGAGGAACCUGAGGAUAUGUCGCCUGUUUCGCCUCAUGGAAACUCCUUCCACCAGAUCCCGCCCAUCUCUCUAGACGAGUCGUCUAUGCCGCGUCUUCCUCGUCGGCCAGCUCCCAAACGAGUUUCCACCAACUCUGCCCAUCCCGACGUUAUCGCAAGAGCCACCGUGGAUACGACUAUUGCAGUUAUUCCCGCCAGUGCCUUCCGCCGUCUGAUCAAGAUCUACCCGAAAGCAACCGCUCAUAUAGUCCAUGUCAUUAUAUCGCGGUUUCAGCGUGUGACACUUGCUACAGCGUACAACUACUUGGGUCUCACCAAUGAUGUCUUGCAGACAGAGAAAAACAUGCUCAAGUUCACGUCAUGCCCGCUGCCGAACCUCUUACGGGGUGAUGCGCUCGAGCGUCUGAAAGAAAAGUUCCGAAAGGAAAGGCAGCGGGCUGGUGACGAAGACAUGGGCAAGGGCAUCGCUCUGCACAACGCAUCUGCUACAGCUCGCCGGCGUAGGUCCAGUGCGGGUCUGCGGAAAGAGGCCGCUAUGCAGGCUAUGACGAAAAAGAAGCCGACCUCCGUUGUUGCCUCGACCCUUGCGCCACCACGAGAACGUUCCUCAAUUCAUACCUCUGGUCCUGGGGACCUACUGGCUAACAUCCAGUCCGCGCGUGCGGACGGCCCACGGGGCUUAAUUGAGAUCGCUUUGACGCAACCGUGGCAAUCGGGAGAUUCACUUUCGAAUCCCGAUGCCAGUCCUCUCGCCCAGCGUACGUUUGAUCCUUUUCCGACUCAGAAACGAGCUCGCAUUUCCGUUGACCCACGAGAGUCCGUGGACGAAGACAACCUGUUUCGGGUUUCGAUUUUGGAAUGCGUUUUCACUGCAUUGGGGAUGAGCUCCGGUGGCUCAUCACAUGGGCCAGAAUCGACAGAAGGAUCUCCACGGCUUGUUUCAUAUGAUCAGCGUCGGCAGAAGGCCGUCUUCUCUAGCAAUGCCUUUGGAUUCAUGGAAUCCGUUGAUGGCUCAGCUGACUGGGAUGCCGAGUCGAUGACUUCAGGUGGCAUAUCCAUGGCUGGGACGCCCAAUGCUCACGUGCUGGCUGCGGACAUGAAGCAUGAAGUAGAGAUCGUCUACUUUCCCAAAGGCUCGGUUUUGGUAGAACAAGGGGAGCGUAGCCCUGGUAUCUACUACGUCAUAGAUGGGUUUCUCGAUAUCUGUGUCCCGUCUGAUGACAACACCAGCGACAUUCUCAGCUCUUCGGGCAAGUCCUACCAUUCCGCCAUGGAGAAGGCCGAGUCGCAAGUCUCUAGCCGGCGUUCUACAAUGCCUGUGCCUCAUAUGGACAGCACUAAUACGAUCCCUGGCGCUUUUGAUUCAACCAAGAAAUCCAAGCUGGGCCAUCGCCGCGUUGGUCUUGUUAAGCCCGGCGGUCUAGCUGGAUAUAUUGGCACGAUAUCCUCGUACAGGUCUUUUCUUGACGUGGUUGCCAAGACGGACGUGUAUGUGGGCUUCAUUCCUCGCGCAACCUUGGAGAGAAUCGUCGAAAGAUAUCCAAUCAUCAUGCUCACCAUGGCCAAGAGACUGACCAACCUACUCCCGAGGUUGAUUCUGCACAUUGACUUUGCCCUCGAGUGGGUUCAGGUCAACGCCGGGCAGGUUCUUUUCCACAAAGAGGACGAGAGUGAAGCUAUAUACCUCGUUCUCAAUGGACGCUUGCGCCUUAUCGAAGACAAAAGGGAAGGUGGGAUGAACGUGCGAGCCGAGUUUGGUCAAGGUGACAGUGUUGGUGAGUUGGAGGUUUUGACUGAAUCUGCUCGUAGUGGGACCUUACAUGCUAUUCGAGACACGGAAUUAGUCAAGUUCCCUCGGACUCUAUUCAACAGUCUAGCACAAGAGCACCCCAAUAUCACGAUCAAGAUUUCCAAGAUCAUCGCAUCUCGUAUGAGGUUCAUGAUCGACGAUCCUUCCAAAGGCAUCGGCAAGGAGGCCAGCACGGGUACUUCGAUAAACAAAAUCUCGUCCACGCUGAACUUGAGGACUGUGGCUAUACUUCCAGUUACAUCGGGUGUUCCAGUUGUGGAAUUUGGAACCCGUUUGAUGAAUGCGCUCACGCAGAUUGGCACACCAAACGGGGCGACCUCCCUGAACCAAUCCGCCAUCCUCAAUCAUCUCGGCAAGCAUGCAUUCAACAAGAUGGGCAAGCUCAAGUUGUCUCACUACCUUGCCGACCUGGAAGAGAAAUAUGGGCUGGUGGUCUAUGUUGCGGACACCAACGUGAACUCCCCAUGGACGCAGACAUGCAUUACUCAAGCUGAUUGCAUCCUUCUUGUCGGCCUUGCUGAAGGCUCUCCAGAAAUUGGAGAAUACGAAAGGUUCAUGCUGGGCCAGAAGUCGACGGCUCGAAAAAUUCUCGUCUUGCUUCAUGCUGACCGUUACUCGCAUCCUGGCCUCACGAGAGCUUGGCUGAAGAAUCGGUCGUGGAUCAACGGUGGUCAUUUGCACAUGCAAAUGGCUUUCAGAACCAAUGCCGUACCCGUCCACGCGCCUUCUUCCAAACUUGGAGCGACAUUAAAAGAACGGGUGCAGAUAUUGCAAGCUGAGAUUCAGAAAUAUACCACCAAAAGACUACGUCACCGGCCAUACUACUCGCCAGAUGCCCCGCAUAAGGGCGACUUCCACCGACUCGCCAGGCGGCUCUGUGGCCGGUCCAUUGGUCUAGUCCUCGGUGGAGGUGGUGCGCGAGGCAUCACACAAGUCGGCAUCAUCACAGCCAUGGAGGAGGCGGGCAUACCAAUUGACAUCGUCGGAGGCACCUCGAUCGGCUCGUUCAUCGGCGCGCUGUAUGCCCGCCACGCAGACGUCGUGCCCAUGUUUGGUCUCGCAAAGAAGUUCUCCGGUAGGAUGGCAAGCAUGUGGCGCUUCGCACUGGACCUCACCUAUCCGUCUGCCUCGUACACCACUGGACACGAGUUUAACCGAGGUAUCUUCAAAACUUUUGGCAAUCACCAGAUCGAGGACUUCUGGUUGGAAUACUACUGCAACACGACAAAUAUCAGCAAGAGUAGACACGAGAUUCACACUAGCGGAUAUGCCUGGCGAUACAUCCGCGCCUCAAUGACUUUGGCUGGUCUCCUGCCGCCUUUGUGCGAUGAAGGCAGCAUGUUAGUCGACGGUGGCUACGUCGACAACUUGACGGUGUCCCACAUGAAGUCCAUCGGGGCUGAUGUUAUCUUUGCAAUAGAUGUUGGUGCUUUGGAUGAUACGACGCCCCAAACCUAUGGUGACUCGCUCUCAGGCAUGUGGGCCUUCUUCAACAGGUGGAAUCCCUUAUCCUCGCACCCAAACCCACCCACUCUGGCGGAGAUCCAAGGUCGGCUGGCAUAUGUAUCGAGUGUUGAUGCUUUGGAGAGGGCCAAGGCCAUGCCAGGCUGCAUUUACAUGCGGCCACCAAUUGACGACUACGGAACGUUGGACUUUGGCAAAUUCGAUGAGCUUUACCAACUGGGGCACCAGUAUGGUAAAGAUUUCAUUGCCCGCCUUCGGGAGGAAGGAGCGCUCCCUGUUGCUACUGAAACUGAAGCCAAGAAGGCACUGAGGAGGACUAUGGCGCCUCGCAGAGCCAGCAUAUAG